UGUUUUUUCCCCAAAAUGAGUAUAAAUGAAUUGACACAGGGCUCUGUUUCUUCGGUUCUGCCAGUUCUUGUCAAUUGCGCAAUCCUCGGGGAGCCAUCGUCAUUCAAGUGUAGAAAAGCCAUGGCUGUUCCAACUAAGAACUUGGUGGAAUCCACCGUUGUUAGGGUUCCAACGCCAAAGCCCUCACUGUCACCAUCACAGUCAGAGUCGUCGUCAUCAUCUUCACCAUCCUACCCCGCAACAAAAUGCUCCGUCCGGACUCCGGAUCUGUGUUCUGCGCAUUUUAUGGCUCAAAACGAUAACAAAUUUUGGCGCAGCGCUACGCCACGUCGGCUUAUGAAUUAUCAAAAUGGCUCGUGGAUUGAUUUCUCAAACGAAGUGAUUGAUUCUGUCAAGUACAGUUUCGUAGAGCGCAAGCCAAUGGUUAUUGUUACAAUUGAAGGGUCAAAGUACGUGUUUGAUUUUCUGAGAAUGGUACAGAUUGAUUUUGAGACCGGGAAACAAUGCUCGAUUGCGUGGAUCGAUGUGAACGGUAAAUGUUUUUUCCCAACAUUUUUUCUCGGGGAAGAAGAUGAAGAUUGUGUUGAGAAAUCAGAAAGUAAUACAACUAAAGUCGAGAUCGAGAUCAAUAUUAAGGAUGGUAUGGACAAGAGACCGCGAGAGAUGGUUGAUGAAGACAACGAAGUCUCAGAAGACGGGUUAAAACGGCAGCGUUUAAACACACAGGGGGCAGAUUGUUCUGGAUGGCUAAAUACAAGAUUGGUGAAAGAAACAGACAAAGCGUAUACACUCGUAAGAAACUAUUUUCUCGCCGGAAUGAAAAAAUUCGAUGCCGCCGUGGCUGUCACUUCCAUUCGCCAGUGCACACGUGUAGGUCAUAUGGAGAGAGCGCGUUUGCAGGUGUUUCAAAAGCAGAUUGAGAUGACAAAAGCAGCUCGUGGCGCGUCGAAUACAGUGUAUGCGUGGCACGGCACGUCAUCAAGAGGCGUCGAGAGCAUUCUAGCCCAUGGUUUCGGUGUGCCAAGCCAGAUUUCGACUUAUGGGAUCGGCGUUUAUCUGUCACCCGUCGGAUUGCCCGGUCUGAGUGCCCGGUUAGCUGAGGCGGACCAGAAUGGUGAGAAGCACUUGAUACUAUGUCGUGUUAUAUUGGGAAAUGUGGAGAAAGUUGAGGCGGGGGCUCAACAGUGUUAUCCAUCUAGCUUAGUUUUCGAUACUGGUUCUGAUGAUCCGAGGAAUCCAAAGUGGUAUGUAGUGUGGCCAAGUAACAUGAACAGACAUGUUAUUCCCGAGUGUGUUGUGAGCUAUAGGUCGACUGAUCACUUGCAAGACCAAUUUAAAGGACCUAAUCGUACAAAGUAUCCCUUGGAGAAGUUGUUCUCAAAGAUGAAGAGUUCACUUUCUCCCUCCAAACUGCAGGAAGUGAUGAAUUUGUACCAUACUUUCAGGGCAGGGAAGCUGGCAAAAGAUAGCUUCUUUAAACAGUUCCGAUCAAUUGCUGGGGAUCAGAUACUGCUAUCUGCAAUUCAAGAGAUCCAUGCCUCAGACUGAGUUUUCUCAGCAUAUUCUUUCAUUUGGAACUUGGAAGCAUUUGGUUUUGAAGUUUUAGUCACAGUCUAUUCAUUGAUACAUUCACAUGUAUUGGUAGUUACAACUAGGAAUAGAAAGAUUUAAAAAAAAAGGUUGGAUAUUGAAGAAAUAUACAUUCACAUGUAUUGGUAAUUACAACUAGGAAUAGAAAGAUUUAAGAAAAAAGGUUGGAUAUUGAACAAAUAGAAACUAUCUUGUAGUUUUUUUCUUACCCCACCAUAUAUGGAAAAGCUAUGCAUACUUUUUUAUUGGGAAACUUCCAUUCUUUUAUGUUAAUUGAAGUUACAUCUUUUGUAUAUUCUUAUGUUGUAAUAGACAUGGUAUAUUGAUUAAUGUUAGUUGACUCGUCAACAUCAACUUUUUUGAUCGA